GUGAACAAAAAAUUUGGUGGUAUCGAUGGUUUAUGCGCAAAAUUGAAAACAGAUCCAAUAAAUGGAUUAUCCAAUGAAAAAUCAUCAUUGGAAGAAAGGCGAAGGAUAUUUGGAAAGAAUGAAAUUCCUCCGGCACCUUCAAAAUCUUUUCUACGGCUAGCAUUCGAAGCUUUGAAGGAUAUAACGCUUAUUAUAUUGUUGGUCUCAGCACUUGUAUCUUUAGGCUUAUCCUUUUAUAAACCAUCAGAAGGUUCAGUAGCAGGUGAGCAUGAUGCUAAUGAACGUGAAGCAGGCUGGAUCGAAGGAGCAGCCAUAUUACUUGCUGUUAUUGUUGUAGUUUUGGUUACAGCUUUAAACGAUUGGAGUAAAGAGAAGCAAUUUCGAGGAUUACAAGCAAAAAUUGAAACAGAACAUAAAUUUUCUGUAAUACGAGAUGGUGAAGCAAUUGAUACUGUUGUUACUGAAUUAGUUGUCGGUGAUAUUGCACGGGUUAAAUAUGGUGAUUUACUGCCAGCUGAUGGACUUUUAAUACAAAGUAAUGAUUUACGAGUGGAUGAAUCAUCAUUAACUGGUGAAUCAGAUUUGAUUAAAAAAAGUUCACAUGAUGAUCCGGUACUUCUAUCAGGUACUCAUGCAAUGGAAGGGAGUGGAAAAAUGGUUAUAACAGCUGUUGGAAUGAAUUCACAAACUGGUAUCAUAAUGACAUUGCUUGGUGCAACGAAAGGUACCAGUUGUAAGAAAAAUCAAAAUACCAUCGCACCUCAAGAACAAAUUAAUGGUGCUUUUUUUUUUCAUUAA